UCAUCUUCCUGUCUAAGUCCAACUUUACUCUCUCUCUCUCUCUCUCUCUCUCUCUCUCUCUCUCAGCAAUGGCGUCUCUCUCUCUUCCUCUUCUGCUGGCUGUGCCCUUCGCCCUGGUCCUGAUGGUGGCGGUGACUCCGGCGGAGUCCCUGACGUGCGCGUCGCAGAAGGUAACCGAGAGCGCAACCGGCAGGGCGUACACCGAGUGUGCGGACCUCCCGGCGCUGGGGGCGUACUUGCAUUACACGUACAACGCCACCAACUCUUCCCUCUCGGUGGCCUACCUCGCCGCCUCCACCGGCUGGAUCUCCUGGGCCAUCAACCCCACCCUCACCGGCAUGGUCGGCGCUCAGGCUCUCAUGGCCCUCAAACCCGCGAGCGGACCAAUAGUGGCCAAGACCUACAACAUCUCGUCGUACCACUCCAUAGUGGAGGGCAAGCUGUCGUUCGAUGUGUGGGACCUCAAGGCGGACGAGUCGAAUGGGACCAUGAGGCUCUUCGGGUCCGUGAAGGUCCCCAAGGGCGCGACUAGCUUAAACCAGGUGUGGCAAGUUGGGAGCUCGGUCAACGGGACCCAGCCACGGAUCCACGCCAUGACUCCGGAUAACAAGAACUCCAAGAGCACAUUGGACCUCACCGAUAGUACCACUGCCCCCACUAGCGGUGGUGGGAGCACCGGGGUUCCGGAGGCGGCUCCCGCCCCCACGCCGACCAGUGAGGCUCCGAGGAUACUGAAGGUAAUUAGUGGCGCUCUGUUGUCGAGCCUGUCUUUGUGGUGCGGGCUUGGAUUUUGAGGUGUAAUUAUUGAUUUCUGAUGAUUUUGAGGGGUUUUGAGUAAUUUUUAUUGAUUAUGCUGCAGUUUAUAUUAUAAGGGCUUGACAUUAAGCUGUUGGACUUAUUAAUUAAUUUCUUGAUUUUUAUUUAUUUUUU